AUGGUUGCAGUCAUAGCUGCCCCAGAUGCUGCGGGGGUAGAGACCGUGCAGUUCACUGCUCCCCUCACCCAAGGGUUUGGUUAUGGAAUCAUCAUCGGCUUAGGGUUUGCCUUUGCCUUGGUUAUGAUCUUCAUCACUUGGUCUCUCAAAAGGUAUCAACAUGAGGUUAUCACAUCUGAAAUGUUCUCAACCGCCGGACGAAGCGUCAAGUCUGGUCUGGUGGCGUCUGCUGUUGUGAGUAGUUGGACCUGGGCUGCUACUCUUCUGCAAUCCACGGCCGUGGCCUACCAGUACGGCACUUCGGGACCUUUCUUCUAUGCGUCAGGCGCCUGCGUCCAGAUCAUCCUGUUUGCAACACUCGCCAUCGAGCUCAAGAGACGGGCACCCAACGCGCACACCUUCCUUGAAGCCAUCCGAGCUCGCUACGGCACAGUUGUGCACAUCGUCUUCAUCGUCUUCUGCCUGAUGACCAACAUCCUCGUCACAGCCAUGCUGCUCACUGGCGGCGCCGCAGUGCUCAACUCCAUGACCGGCGUCCCAGUCGUUGCAGCCUGCUUCCUCCUCCCCAUUGGUGUGGUACUAUACACUCUUUUCGGAGGCAUCAAGGCAACCUUCAUCACGGACUACAUGCACACCGUCGUGAUCGUGGUCAUAAUCUUUAUCUUCGCCUUCUCCGCCUACGCGACCAAUGACCGCCUCGGCUCCCCUGGCAAGGUCUACGACCUCCUCGUCGAAGCCGCCCAACGCAAUCCAGUUGCUGGAAACACCGAAGGCAGCUACCUCACUAUGCAUUCCAGAGAAGGCGGCAUCUUCUGGGUCAUCAACCUAGUCGGCAACUUCGGCACCGUCUUCCUCGACAACGGCUACUACAACAAGGCCAUCGCCGCACACCCCGUCCACGCCUUCCCCGGCUACGUAAUCGGCGGCCUCUGCUGGUUCGCCAUCCCCUGGCUCUGCGCAACAACAAUGGGCCUCUCCGCCCUUGCACUAGAGGGAACCCGCCGCAUUGCCUCCGUCGACGUAACAGCCGGCCUCGUCCUCCCAUUUGCAUCGGUCGAACUCCUCGGCUACAGCGGCGCCGUCUGCACAACGCUCAUGAUCUUCAUGGCCGUAACCUCCGCCUUCUCUGCGCAGCUCAUCGCCGUUUCCUCAAUCCUCACCUAUGACAUCUACCAGGCCUACAUCAACCCCGUCGCCAAGGGCAAGCGCCUCGUCUGGAUCUCGCAUCUCUCCUGCGUGGUAUUCGCCAUUGUGAUGGCUGGCUUCGCGACAGGUCUCCAUUACGCCGGCGUCGGAAUGGGCUACCUCUACCUCCUUAUGGGUGUCAUCAUCUCCUCGGCCGUGUUCCCCGGCGCAAUGACGCUCGUCUGGAAGGGCCAGAACUGGAUUGCGGCAGCUGCAUCUCCGGUUCUCGGUCUCGCUAUGUCCCUGAUCGCAUGGCUCGUGACAACAAAGACGCAGUACGGCGUCUUCACCGUCGUAUCCACCGGCGCAAACUACCCCAUGCUCGCAGGCAACGUUGCGGCUCUACUUAGCCCCGUCGUCUUCUCCCCCGUCCUGACGUACGUCUUCGGCCCGCAAAACUACGACUACGAGUCCAUGCGCGCUAUCCGCCAAGUCGACGACUCGGACGUCGCGGCCGCCGCGCAUGUCGACCCCGAGCUCAUCCAAGCAGCGCACCACCCCUCCCCCGCCCAACAAGAGCAAGAAGAAGAUGAGAUCAAAAAACUCAACAAAGCAGCCUUUAUCUCGCGGUGCCUCACAGUCGGCAUGGUCAUCUGCUUUCUCUUGCUGUGGCCGAUCCCCAUGUACGGUUCCAAGUAUGUCUUCAGCAAGCAGUUCUUCACGGGGUGGGUUGUUGUUGGCAUCAUCUGGCUGUUUGGGACGGCGUUCGGUGUGAUUCUGUUCCCGCUUUGGGAGGGGCGGAGUAGUAUGAUGAGGGUUGCACGGCUGAUGAUGCUUGAUGUUAGGGGGAAGUCUUGGAGGAGGGAUGCGUUGGAGGGGCAGAGGGAGGAGAAUGAGGAGAGUGAGGCGAGUGGCGCGGUUACGCCGAGUGAGAAGGUUGUUGGGAAGUGA